ACCUUUUUUUUGUUUAAUUAUAUGUUAAAAAAACUGUAUUUAAAACUGUAAGAUUUUUAUGAGUAUAUAUUAAAAACCGUAAAAAAAAAAAUUUUUUUUGGUAAGACUUUUAUGUGUCUAUAUAUAAAAUUGUAUUUAAAAAAUAAUAAUUAUAGGUUUAUAUAUAUACAUAUAUACAGUAUGUAAACUCUUUUUUUUAAUUUUUUAUUUUUUAUUUUUUAUCCUUCUAAUGUUAAUGUUAAUUUAUAGGAAAAAUGUCUAGUUCAAAUUCUGCCAAUAACACACAAUCUGCCUUUGAUGCUGAAGAUGAUAAGCCACUGUGGAAAUAUGUGACUAGAUUAGAAAAAUCUGGUGCAAGAGGGGGAAAUUAUACUUUUCAAUGUAAUUUUUGUCGGGUUACACGUAAAGGUUCAUACACUAGGGUAAAAACCCAUUUGAUGCAAAUUAAAAAUCAGGGGAUUGAAGUGUGUCCAAAAGUAACAAGUAAGGAUAAAGCUGAUUUUGAGAGAGUAAUUGCAGAAGCAGAGUUGAAAUUGAAAAACUCUAGGUUGAAGAAAGUCCCAUUGCCUCCUCCUAGUUCAAGUGCAUCAUUAGGUUUAUGUUUUUAAUGAACCAGAGGAGAUGUAUGGAUCAAAAAGGAAGAGGUCAACUGCCAUAGGGAGUGGAAGUAGUGAUAACCCUGUUCUGAAAGCAUUUAACAUUGGGGCUCGUGAAUGACUAAAUAGUGAGAUAGCUAGAAUGUUUUAUUCAGCAGGCUGGCCAUUUCAUUUGGCAAGAAAUCCUUACUAUGUUAGUGCAUUUACUUUUGCUGCAAAUAACAACAUACAAGGAUAUGUACCACCUAGGUAUAAUAUGUUGAGAACUACAUUGCUUCAAAAAGAAAAGACAAACAUUGAUAGAUUGUUAGACCCUAUUCGAGGCACAUAGAGAGAGAAGGGUGUGAGUAUAGUCAGUGAUGGAUGGAGUGAUUCCCAACGAAGGCCAUUAAUAAAUUUUAUGGCUGUUACGGGAGGUGGGCCCAUGUUUCUUAAAGCAGUUGAUUGUUCAGGGGAAACAAAAGACAAGUAUUUUAUUUCAAACUUGAUGAAGGAAGUAAUUAUGGAGGUUGCGCCUAAAAAUGUGGUUCAAGUCAUUACAGAUAAUGCCACAAAUUGCAAGGCGGCAGGGCACCUAAUUGAAGCACAAUUUCCUCACAUCUUUUGGACUCCUUGUGUUGUGCACACCCUCAAUCUUGCCUUGAAGAAUAUUUGUGCUGCCAAGAAUGUGGAAAAUAAUUCAGUUGCAUUUGAAGAGUGUAAUUGGAUUAGUGAGAUUGUGGGUGAUGUGAUGAUGAUUAAGAAUUUUAUUUGUAAUCAUUCCAUGAGGUUGGCAAUGUAUAAUGAGUUUGUGAGUUUGAAACUUCUUUCAGUUGCCGAGACACGCUUUGCUUCUUCCAUUGUCAUGCUUAAGAGGGUCAAAUUGAUAAAGCAAGGUCUCCAAACAAUGGUAAUCAGUGACAAAUGGAGUUGUUAUAGGGAUGAUGAUAUUGGUAAGGCCAAGUUUGUGAAAGAUAAGUUGUUAGAUGACUUUUGGUGGAAUCAAGUCAACUACAUACUUUCCUUUACUGCUCCUAUUUAUGACAUGAUUAGAGUAUGUGACAUCGAUAGACCUUCUCUUCACUUACUGUAUGACAUGUGGGAUACAAUGAUAGAAAAAGUGAAGAUGGUGAUAUAUAAGCAUGAAGGAAAGCGACUAGAAGACGAGUCUACAUUCUAUAAUGUAGUACAUCAGAUUCUUGUAGACCGGUGGAACAAGAACAACACACCACUUCAUUGCUUGGCACACUCAUUGAAUCCAAGGUAUUAUAGUGAUGUGUGGCUUCAUGAGGAUCCAAGCUGAAUUCCCCCACAUAGGGAUGAGGAGGUUUGUCUUUAGAGAAA